AUGAUUGCUGAUUAUUCCCCAUCAAAACUUAGUUUCCAGAUCGUUGAGACUAAAGAGGAUCAGAUUCAAGUAAUAGGUAACCUCAAGAGCAUCUCUAUGGCUUCCAGCAAGCUGUUACUAGCUGCCAAGUCUCUGUCUGUUGAUCCUGGAGCUCCUAAUGCCAAGAACCUCUUAGCAGCAGCAGCAAGAGCUGUGACUGAGAGUAUAAACCAGCUCAUCACACUGUGCACCCAGCAAGCUCCCGGGCAGAAGGAAUGUGAUAAUGCACUCAGAGAACUGGAGACAGUUAAGGGAAUGCUGGAUAAUCCCAAUGAACCUGUGAGCGAUCUCUCAUAUUUUGAUUGUAUUGAGGGCGUGAUGGAAAACUCAAAGGUCCUUGGAGAAUCAAUGGCGGGCAUUUCCCAGAAUGCAAAAACUGGGGAUCUGUUAGUCUUUGGAGAAUGUGUUGGAGUUGCAUCCAAGGCUCUUUGUGGCCUCACAGAGGCAGCAGCUCAGGCUGCUUACCUGGUUGGCAUCUCGGAUCCAAACAGUCAGGCUGGUCAGCAGGGUCUUGUCGACCCAAUUCAAUUUGCCAGAGCCAAUCAAGCAAUCCAGAUGGCUUGCCAGAAUUUGGUAGAUCCAGCAAGCAGCCCAUCACAGGUCUUAUCAGCUGCCACGAUUGUGGCCAAACAUACUUCUGCUUUGUGCAAUGCUUGCCGUAUUGCUUCAUCAAAGACAGCAAAUCCUGUUGCCAAGAGACACUUUGUACAGUCUGCCAAGGAAGUUGCAAACAGCACUGCUAACCUGGUUAAAACUAUCAAGGCCCUGGAUGGUGAUUUCUCUGAAGAGAACCGCAACAGGUGCAGAAUUGCUACUGCACCUUUGAUAGAGGCUGUGGAAAAUCUGACAGCGUUUGCUUCAAAUCCAGAAUUUGUCAGCAUACCAGCACAGAUUAGCACUGAGGGAUCACGAGCACAGGAACCAAUUCUAGUUUCUGCUAAAACGAUGUUGGAGAGCUCGUCUUUAUUGAUCAAAACUGCUCGUUCUCUGGCCAUCAAUCCAAAAGACCCUCCUACAUGGUCUGUACUAGCUGGGCACUCCCAUACUGUCUCAGAUUCUAUCAAGAGUCUUAUCACCUCUAUCAGGGACAAGGCCCCAGGCCAGCGAGAAUGUGAUUUCUCCAUUGAUGGGAUCAACAGAUGCAUCAGAGACAUUGAGCAGGCCUCCCUUGCAGCUGUCAGUCAGAGUCUGGCUGCCAGGGAUGACAUCUCAGUUGAGGCUCUACAGGAGCAGCUGACAUCGGUUGUCCAGGAAAUCAGCCACCUCAUUGAUCCCAUAGCUACUGCAGCUCGAGGAGAGGCAGCUCAGCUUGGGCACAAG